UAGGGAUAACGCGAUGACGACGGACUUUGCUCUGAUUUGGGACAGUGAUGUGAGUGAAGAUGAAUUCAAAGACGAAGCAAACUUGACAGAAGAGCAAUUUCACAAGAAGCAGGCUUUGAUGCAAAUGAUUCGAGCAGGUUUCCCGAAUGAUGACGUACUAGAAGGAAGGUUUGGUAAUGAAAAACUACCAAAAGUUUCCUUGAAGCAACGGAUUGUGGAGAGAUCAAAAGGGACUGGAGCGGCACUGAAGAGCAAGCUGAAACGAAAACGUAAGGAACAAGAUGAAAAACAUCAAAGCCAUCCUACAGCUGACGCAGGAGACAAAGCUGAUUUGCCGGUUUUUGGUAUUCCUAUUUCAUUGGCUGUCGAGAGAAGUCGACUGUGUAAUGGCAUCGAAUUACCUACCGUGUUUAGGCUGUGUCUUGAUUAUCUGGAGAGAGAAGGUUUGAGUCACGAGGGUCUCUAUCGUGUGUCUGGAGUGAAGUCUCGUAUUGAAGCUGUUAAAACACAGUUCGAUCAAGGCCAGACAGUGGAUUUUGAGCAGACAGACAUUAACACUAUUACUGGAGCUCUCAAGUUAUACCUACGUGAGCUACCUGAAAACAUUCUAACACCAGAGUUGGCGCCUGAGUUUGAAAAUGCUGGAAGAGAGAAAAAUGCUGCUCAACUGGGAGAGCUGUUUUCUCAGCUACCAUCGUGCAACAAACUGAUGCUGACGUGGUUACUUUUGCAUAUGAAGCACAUCACAGAAAAUAGUGCAGUGAACAAGAUGAGUGGCCCCAAUCUUAUUAUUGUCUUCAGUCCUACUCUGCAUAUCAGCCAGAAUCUUCUUAACUUUAUGUUUCAAAAUGUUGAUCUCUUAGUAGGAGAUGCAAUAAUAGAAAGGUACAAUCCAAGUGAGGCUCAGCGUGCUAGUCGCAGAAGUCUGAGAAUGAUGAAUACGUUAGAAAUUGGUUCUGUUGCACCAGAGUUUGUGUCCAGUGAAUUAAAGAGAUUGUCUAGUGUUUUGGAGCUGUUACACUCUGAACUACAGUCAUAUCAGCUCACUGUUGAAGAAAGAGCAACACGAGAGGAAGAGAUUUGGUCAGUUCAAAGGGUGCUUACGCAGCUGAAAAGGAGAAACAGGCAGAUGAAAGGAAUGGGAAAGGCCUUGUCUACAGAUGACUUGUUAGCAGAGACAGAGCAAGAAGAGUCAUAUGAUGAACUAUGGAGGGAAGAAUGUGAGUUGCGUAUCGAAUGUGAGGAGUUGGAACAUAUGGAAGAGCAGUUUCGAAAGGAUAUAGACACAGAACAAGCAGCGGUUGACCAAUUGAAAUUGUUGCAGGCAAACAUUGAUGAACUCAAAUCAACUUUACCUCAAGACUAUGUACUUCAGGCUCAUUCCGAUACAGCAGACAUUGAUUUGAGUGGUUGUGAGGAUGAGAAGCAGAUUAUCAAUCAUCUCAAUGACCUCAUCAAAGACCUCUUGGAGGAACGUGAUAACUAUGUGGCCGAUAUUGCCCUAGAGCACGAGGUUAGUGCAAAAGUAAGAGCACAACUCAGGCUCGCCAAAUGUCCUGAAGCCUCUUGAUGCAAGAAACCCAAGUUCAACACAACUGACAGAGCAUGUAUGAUGCGAUCAGAACAAUAUCUUGACAUACCCAUCAUGUGUAUAUAUCUGGUGCUGCAGAAUAAAAGUAAUAAUUCCUUUUCUGU